AUGAGACAAUACACCACGUCCCGGGACAUGGCCAACCCGGGAGGCUCGUGCGUGGCCUGCUGCCAAGUUUGCGUUUUCGCGUUUACAGCAUUUCUCAUUGUGGCUGAGCGGACUGCGCGUAAGUUUAGCACUGCGGUUACCGAGAACGACCGAAACGCAACCCUCCGGUGAUGGAGAUAGGCCUGUUAUAUCUCUCACCACACCUAUGCUACACCACGUCAUAUCAUAUCAGUACAGUGUUAAACCAGGAAAGGCUGCAUGCAUGAUGGUUUAAUUCAUUCAUAUUUCCUAAAGUAUAAAAAUGUUCAUCUGCAUUUGCAGAUACAUUAGAAUCAUUAUACUGACUGGUGUUGUUGAUCUAGAUUUACCCAGGUGGUCAUGAAACCAUGCAGCAGCACAGCCGCGAACACAUUACAGCUGUAGAUUUAGUUAUGCUAAUAGAAAAGUGGCGCAUUUUUGUCAUAUUCGAGGGCAUUUUCUGGGUGCCAUGAAUGGAUAGCGGAUUGGCCGGACCCUACUCUACCCUACCCUCUCUCCUAUACCGACCGUCUGGUCCGGCAGAUGGUUCAUAUUACUGGGACAGGAGAGGAAGAAAGAGGGAGGGAGGGCGAGGGAGGAGAGAGAAAAUGCAGAUCUGAAGGGAGAGAGCACCGCAUCGUUCGUUCAGUGGAUCUCCCAUACAUGAGGCGCGUGCAUUUUGUAGCCUAUUAGAGAUACGGAGACAGCGCAGAAUCUCCCAGACCCUACGCUGUCCUCAGCCUACAGUCGCACACACACAUACAAUGCUGAAACUGCCCUUGUUCAAAUGCUUAGUACACUUUUGUGGUCUCGAGUCAGAACAAAUAUUAAUUAGGAUAUUAACUACACAUUAGUUAGAUAAUAAUUACAUAUUGACAUAUUGAUUACCUUUUGCCCAUUCACAUUUGUACUUAAACACCAUCAGCAAUUAGACUAUAAAAAAAGUGUAUCAGUGUGUAGAUUUACUGUAUGUCAUCUCUAAUCUAAUCAUCUACCUGUGCAUGUGUCUCCACAGUGAUCUAUUGUUUCGUGUACUACCUGUGGGUGGGGCAUAACUACUGCUACGGCCACUGGGCGGGGCUAACGGCCUUGUUUCUCCUCCCUGGAUGGGGCCCCCAGUUGCUAAGUUGGCUGUGGUACCAGGCAGAUGGACAUAUACGCAGCAAAGAUCUCAAAUGGACUCACAUCCUGCACCUGGGCAUCUUUAGAAGGUAACGUACUACACAGCUAAUUAGGCAGUGUUGAUUUUUCAGUGUAACAUUUCUAUUGUUGAUUCAGGAGUUAAAUUCACUCUGCAAGUGUGAAAUUAACACUCAGUGGCAUAAAAGAGCCCCCAUUGUUGGUGUUAAUAACCAGAGUUGUUGUUUUACACUGUAGAGAGUAAAACAGUCCCAUACCCAUCAAUAUAUUUCCCAGCAUGCUCUACUAUAGGUAUAUUUUUUAGGAUUGUUUUAAAUAUCUGUUUUUGCAUGUACAUUGAUUGAUUUAUCUUAUACACAAAGAUAAAUAACAUACAUUUUUCAAAACGAAUCCAAUCAGUUAGUUAGAUUUAUUGCACCCGUUACCGAUUUAAAUGGUUUAGGUAGUCUUUUUUAUCAAGUUUUCUAACCCUGACAGCCAUUCUGAAUGCAGUUUGCGGGUGAAUAAAAACUGUUGGAUAUCCUAACUCUGGCUGGAUUCCAAUAGGAAUUACACAUCACUUUGCAAGCCAGCAUAAUGUGACUUGCAGGCCUGAUGUGGCCUGUAAACCAGGAGUUUCCUAACACCACUGUGUUAAGGCGUCCGCAUGCUUUCCCCUCAGAAACAGUUCGGAACAGUUCGUGCAUAUAUUAUGAUGACAUUUUGUGACGUUUUUGUUCGUUUUGGCCUUCGGCAAGGGUUUGUGAACACAAUAAAAAUUCUCGAGGCAAGCCGAAGAUCGGAAGCCGAAGUCUACGCCGAUUCGUAGGUGAUUGGUCAACAGUAGUGAUUCUUCAAUAAAGUGUUUGUUGUCAUUCAACGAUAGAAGACUCGUUUUCAUGCAGUUUUUUUUUUUACUUGAGAAAUACUGCACCAAACAUCCUAGUUAGAUGUACAAUUGCGCGACUAAGCUCUCCUCGACAAAAACGUCUACAUUUAUGACAGAUUUCUUGAGUUAUGUGACUAUUUUGAGGAUGUGUACUGGCUACGAUGUCUGUGUAAAUCGCUUUGGAUAAAAGCGUCUGCUAAAUGGCAUAUUAUUAUUAUUAUUAUUAUUAUUAUUAUUAUUAUUAUUAUUAUGGACAAACAGUACUAUUGCCCCUUUUUUCUUGUUUUUCAAGCGAAGGGCUUUUCAAGCUACGGUCAAAUGUAUGCGAGCACACUCGUGCGGUUCGAACCAAAGCUCGCAGAAGCCUUUAGGGUAAAACUAGGCCAUCAAAGUAAGGCCUUAUGAUACAGUGGGGAGAACAAGUAUUUGAUACACUGCCAAUUUUGAAGGUUUUCCUACUUAUAAAGCAUGUAGAGGUCUGUAAUUUUUAUCAUAGGUACACUUCAACUGUGAGAGACGGAAUCUAAAACAAAAAUCCAGAAAAUCACAUUGUAUGAUUUUUAAGUAAUUAAUUUGCAUUUUAUUGCAUGACAUAAGUAUUUGAUCACCUACCAACCAGUAAGAAUUCCGGCUCUCACAGACCUGUUAGUUUUUCUUUAAGAAGCCCUCCUGUUCUCCACUCAUUACCUGUAUUAACUGCACCUGUUUGAACUCGUUACCUGUAUAAAAGAUACCUGUCCACACACUCAAUCAAACAGACUCCAAACUCUCCACAAUGGCCAAGACCAGAGAGCUGUGUAAUGACAUCAGGGAUACAAUUGUAGACCUGCACAAGGCUGGGAUUGGCUACAGGACAAUAGGCAAGCAGCUUGGUGAGAAGGCAACAACUGUUGGCGCAAUUAUUAGAAAAGGGAAGAAGUUCAAGAUGACGGUCAAUCACCCUCGGUCUGGGGCUCCAUGCAAGAUCUCACCUUGUGGGGCAUCAAUGAUCAUGAGGAAGGUGAGGGAUCAGCCCAGAACUACACGGCAGGACCUGGUCAAUGACCUGAAGAGAGCUGGGACCACAGUUUCAAAGAAAACCAUUAGUAACACACUACGCCGUCAUGGAUUAAAAUCCUGCAGCGCACGCAAGGUCCCCCUGCUCAAGCCAGCACAUGUCCAGGCCCGUCUGAAGUUUGCCAAUGACCAUCUGGAUGAUCCAGAGGAGGAAUGGGAGAAGGUCAUGUGGUCUGAUGAGACAAAAAUAGAGCUUUUUGGUCUAAACUCCACUCGCCGUGUUUGGAGGAAGAAGAAGGAUGAGUACAACCCCAAGAACACCAUCCCAACCGUGAAGCAUGGAGGUGGAAACAUAAUUCUUUAGGGAUGCUUUUCUGCAAAGGGGACAGGACAACUGCACCGUAUUGAGGGGAGGAUGGAUGGGGCCAUGUAUCGCGAGAUCUUGGCCAACAACCUCCUUCCCUCAGUAAGAGCAUUGAAGAUGGGUCGUGGCUGGGUCUCCCCACUAGUGAUGGGUCAUGCGCACAAGCAUCGGCUCUGAGAGCCGGCUCUUUGUAGUGAAUCAGAAGAGCCGGCUCGCAUCGAGUGAGAGCCGGCUCCCAGUUUUUUGCCCAUUCGCUGCUUAGGUUUCACUUUCACAGAGGUCUGUUAUGAUUGGCCAGCAUGGCGACCAGCAUGCGGCAUUCACGUGAGAAUUAAGGAUGUGUAAACAGAGAGGGGGCGGGGCAGACACACCACUUGACUCCACUGCAAGUGAAGAGAGAGACAGAGCGGACUGAGGAGCGUGUGUGCGUCUUGCAUUGUCGUGUCGUUUAACUAUGAGUGACACUAGAAAGCGAAGCAGCAUCUGGCUGCAGUUUAAAGAUAUUGGGAACAAGAAAGCAGAGUGCCUUCACUGCAAAACGAAGGUCACUAUAAGAGCAGGUUCCACCACAAACCUGCAUAGACAUACAAGAACUGUCCAUCCUACAGUGCAGUUAGAGGAGAGAGGGCAAGCCAGCUCACCAUCUACUGAUCCUGGUGUGUCUCAUACCAGAACAACAGCUGCUGUAACGUCUACUGCCAUCCCCAUGCGUGCAAGUAUAACCUCUCCUACUGCAACUCAAAGCAAAAUAAGUCAGUUUUUACCUAAACUGAUGACCCCAGCCAAACAGCACAGUAUUGAUGAUGAGUUGGCUAAAAUGGUAGCUUCUGAUUUUCAACCCUUUUCCAUUGUGGAGGACAAAGGAAUGAAAAACUUUGUCAAAGCCCUAAAUCCCACAUACACUCUACCCAGUAGAAAAACACUUUCCCAAACAAUGAUCCCAAAACUAUAUGACACAGAACGUGCAUUAUGGCAAGAAAGGGUGACAAAAGCUCCAUCAGUUUGCCUGACAACUGACUGCUGGACCUCCAGAACAACCUGCUCUUUCAUGUCUGUCACUUGCCACUUUAUUGAAGAUUACAAGAUGACAUCUUGCCUUCUGGACUGCUUCGAGUUCACCGACAGACACACUGCAGAAAACUUGGCAGUGGAGCUACUAAGAGUGGCAAAAGAGUGGCAAGUAGAGGACAAAGUGGUGUGCUGUGUGAGUGAUAAUGCUGCAAACAUCACCAAAGCCAUAAAAGUUUUGAAGUGGACCCAUCACCCAUGUCUGGCGCAUACACUAAACCUGGUGGUUAGAGAUGCUCUGAAGGUGAUCAAAACAACCGUGGAUAAGGUGAAGGCUGUUGUGGAGUUUUUCCACAAAAGCACAGUAGCAGCACAGAAGCUAAAGUCCACACAGCGCCAAAUGGGGAUUCCUGAACUGAGGCCCAAACAAGAGUGUGCCACCAGGUGGAACUCAACAUUUGAUAUGUUGAAACGAAUGCUUGAAAUAAAAGAUGCCAUCAUCUCCACCCUGGCCCUCAUCAACGCAUCUAUUGAGCCAUUAAGCCAAGAGGAAUGGGAGCUGGUGAAAGAGGUCUGCGCCGUCCUGCAACCAUUCCAGGAGGUGACUGUGGAGAUAAGUGCAGACAGGUACCUAGAACCAUUGAAGCAUUGUUUUCUCUACUACUAUUCAGUCACUAUUAUACAUUGCAAACACAACACAUACAGUAUAAUGCAUCACGUAUAAUAUGCCACAUACUUUUAAAAAACUAAAUUCUAAAAGUUGCUGUUUUCUCUCCUUCAGCUAUGUCACAGCCUCGAAAAUGCUCCUGCUUUGCAAAGGUCUGCAGCUGGUGACAGCCGAGAACCAAUGGACAGUAACUGUGCAGAAAGUGAAGGAAUUAGUUGCAGCUCUUUGUUCAGCCAUGGACCGCAAAUUUCUGCGGAUGGAGUACAACACUGUCCUUUCAGAAACUACCUUAUUGGAUCCAAGGUUUAAAAAACUUGCCUUCAGUGAUCGUAGAGCUGUUGAUGAAGCUCUUCAGAGGAUUAGUGCAGCAGCAGCAGCAAAAUGCACCCCCAGCAGCCAGCCAGCUCCACCAUUACAGGGCCAAGUGGAGGAGGAGCAGCAAACCUCUGCUGUUUGGAGGCUUUUUGAUGACAGAGCUACAGGAGAUGCUUCAAGGAGAAAUCCGACAGCUGAUGCUAUAAUGGAGGUGAGGAGCUACCUUGAGGAGCCCCUCAUCCAGAGAGCAGAAGACCCACUGAGCUGGUGGCAGGCCAAGGCCUCAGUCUUUCCACUCCUGGUGAAGGUGAUGGAGGGGAGACUAUGUAUUGUUGCCACAUCAGUUCCUUCUGAGAGAAUCUUCUCCAAAACAGGGCAGAUACUCACGGAGAGGCGAAAUCGUAUCAGGCCUAUCAGCCCAUCCAAGCUGAGGCAUCUGAUCUUCCUGAAUGCCAACCUGCCCUGAGGACUAAUGCUGUUUGCUGGAGUUUGGUUCUGGUUUUGAUUCUGUUCUGUGGAUUUGUUUGAAGUUUAUUGUUAAUUUGUGCAAUAAAAAAGUUUAAUUGAAAUAAACAAAUGUAAGAGUGGUUUUGUCACAGAAUAAAUGCACAGAAUUAGGCAUUAUAAGGUCUCUCAUAAAAACACUGAAAGCAAAAGGGUUUUCAACACAUAAACCAUGAUUUUUUUUCAAAGUUAAGGUAAAAUAUAGGCUACAAAAGAUCCUAAAUAAAGAGCCGUUCGGGAGUCGAAAGAGCCGGCUCUUCUUUGGGAGCCGAGUCAAAAGAGCCGGCUCUCAGAAAAGAGCCGAACUUCCCAUCAUUACUCCCCACUGUAUAUGUAACAUUUUAAUGAUAACAUUCACUUACUGUAUGGACUCAUUUGGUGAAAGCCACAGGUCUUUAAAAUGAAAGAAUUCAACAAGCAUAUCUCUGUCACUAACAAAUACAGUCAUGGGUGGUAACUUAAAUUCACUCAAAAAGAAAAGGCACCAUGGGAAAUAUGCAAAUUAGGCUUUACUCCAUAUAACAGGUUACCCCACCUGGUGGACGGCGGGCCCCCCAAGUUUUCUGAGCAAAAAAAUGACAAAUAUUCUUAUUUAUUUUUUGGGACAUAAAAGACUGUAAAAACACCAGCAAAUCAGCUCAAAGUGAUUUUAAUAUGGAAAUCUGUUCAAAAGUACUCCCACACAUAGUAGAGAGAUAUAUGUGAUCGUAUACAAACGUAAGCAAGGUUUGAAAUUAUUAUGUUUUAGUCAAACAUUAUAUCAGUUUGGGCUUUUUGCAGUCUAUAAAUUAUUUGUAAUUAUGUUCCGGCCCCGUGAUCAUCCGCUCAAUAUUUUUUUUUAUUUUUUUUUAUUUUUAUGAUUUUUUUUUAAUGAUUUUUUUUUUUCUCACCUUUAUUUAACCAGGUAAGCCAGUUGAGAACAAGUUCUCAUUUACAACUGCGACCUGGCCAAGAUAAAGCAAAGCAGUGCGAUAAAAAACAACAACACAGAGUUACAUAUGGCCUGUGGCUGAAUCUAGCUGAUGAUCCCUGCCAUACAGUGUUAAAACAACACCCAAAAUGACUUACUGUGACAGUGUUUUUGUUUAACAAUAAUAGUAGUUAACGCUAGAUCAAGUGUGAGUGUUAAUUACCCCAUAGUGUUAAAUUUGAGUUACACUGGCAAGUAUAAUGCAGUGUACAUUUUUUACACUACGGAGUGUUACAUUAACACUAUAAUCAGAGCAGUUUUUACACUCAGAGAUAGUGUUAAAAUUAACUAUUUAAGUGUUGAUUUAACACUGCAAAAUUUGCUGUGUACUGCUGUAGUACCUCUUUGGGGUUAGAGGUCAGAGGUGAGAGGUCAGCGAUGAAACAAAAACACUAAGCUGAACUCUGUGUUGAAGUGUCUCACUCCCUCUAACUCUGUGUUAUGUGUGUGUUCCAGGUUAUGGGAGACUAUGACAUCCACUGGAGAGGAUCGGUGUAGUGAGAUAAUGCAGCAGGCUGAUGUUUCAGCUCUCCGCCUGUUGGAGGCGCUGGUGGUCACUCUGCCACAGACUAUCCUGCAGACAUACGUCCUCAUCUGUACCGAUGUAGGACUCUCUUCACCAGGUACUACACGUGUGUGUUUGUGUGUGUUUGAUACAAUCACCCUACAGAGUAUUCAUGUUAUCUCUCCCUCCACCUCUCUCCCCCUACCCUCUCUCUCUCCCCAACCUCUCUCUCUCCAGUGUCAGUGUGUUUUGCGGUGUGUCUGCUGUCCCUGGCCUGGGCCUUAGUGCUGUAUGCCAGAGCCUGUUCCCUCAUCAGACCUGGACAUCUCCCCAUGACCCCCGCUGCUAUCGCCUGUAGACUGCUCUGGAGGGUAGGGGGGCUGGCUGGGCUGGGCUGGGUGUGUGUUUGUGUGCGUGUAUGUGUGUUAGUAACAGACUUAUUGUAUUGUGUUUAGGUCAGUAUGUUGGGAGCACGUCUCGCCACCCUCACGCUCUUCACACGCCUGUUCCGCCAGUGGGUACUUGGAGUUAUUGGUGAGUGUGUGUAUAUGUGUCUCUCUUUUAGUGUGUGUUCGUAGAUAGAUAUAUGUGUGUGUCAGCGGAGGCUGCUGAGGGGAGAACGGCUCAUAAUAAUGGCCGGAAUGGAGCAAAUGGAAUGGCAUCAAACACCUGGAAACCAUGUGUUUGAUACCAUUACCACGAGCCCAUUCUCCCCAAUUAAGGUUCCACCAACCACAUUUGACAUUUUAGUCAUUUAGCAGAAGCUCUUAUCCAGAAGGACUUACAGUUAGUGAGUGCAUACAUUUUCAUACUGGCCCCCCGUUGCAAGCGCCAUGCUCUACCAACUGAGCUACACCUGUGAUGUGAGUGUGUGAACGUUCAGUGAUGUUUGUCCUGCUCCUGUGUGUCUCAGGUCUUCACUGGUUGGGUGCUACGUUCUGGUUGGUGUCGCAGCAGAGUGACAUCAUUAAAACGCCACUGCGCUGGCACCUGUUCAACCUGGUUCUGGGAGCUAUUCACAUCUUCCUCUUCCUCAACGUCAAAGACGGAGCCUCCAGAUGCCGCAUGGCCGGCUUCUACUUGGUGUGUAUGUGUGUUUGUUUGUGUGCGUGUGUGUGUGUGUGUGUGUGUGUGUGUGUGUGUGUGUGUAACUCUCUCUGCUCUCUCCUGCAGGCCAUGUUUAUCGAGAACGCUCUUCUUCUGCUGGCAGGUUCCGACUUCUUCAGUGUUGCAUCAUGGGAUAGCAUGGGUAUCCCAGCCGCCGUGUUCUGUAGUUUCCUCAUUGGUGAGACAUGCACACGUGCACGCACACACACACACUUACACUCACACUCACACUCACACUCACACCACACUCACACACACUCACACACUCAUAUUUCGGUCUGUGUUAUUACAGGAGUGAUAGCUUUAGUCCUAUACUACCGGUUCCUCCACCCUAAGUCAUUUGAGAUCUUCCAGAGCAUACGUCACCAUGGAAUGAGCGGAGCUUGUGCGGACCGGGGCUCUUCUCUCUCAUUGGAGGAGAAGAACCAUCGCCACGGUCAACUUGUGGGUGGCGGGAAUCUGCUGGAGCUCCCUAGCCAAUGGCAGGGAUGGAAGCACCACCACUGGCUGCUGAUUCGCCUAGCCCUGAAGACGGGUGAUGUGGCUAGAAUAAGCCAUGCCUAUGGCGAAGGGGGAUUGGCCGGGCUGCUGGGACUAGAGGAAGAGACUCUGCCAAGGUCCCCAGACAUUCCGCAACGUUCUCUCAACGUUCCACAACAUUCCCCCAACGUUCCACAACAUUCUCCCAUCGUUCCCCAGGUUGACCAGGUCAGACAGGUGGAGGAGGUGAGAUGAGCACCCAAUUCCAUUUGUUCCCCUUCUCCUGAAGUGUACCCUUGACAGGUUGUUGUUGUUGUCAAGCUCCUGUGUCAUGUUUGGAUGUUCAGAACUCCUAUCUUUUCCAAAUAAAUCUGCACUCUGGUAUCUGCUUUUGAAAGUUCUGUUUUCAUGUGGAUGAAGCGUUGUUUGUCUUAAAACAGAGCAGGGUGCAGAAUUAUUUGCUAUUCUCUACUACUGUUGGAUGUUCUCUGAUAAGUUAUCUAUUUCCAGGAUGUGAGAACAGGACAAAUAUAAGUAACAACCAAAUUAUUAUUAUUAUAGAAUAUCAUUCACCAUAGCUGUCCUUCUUCUUCCUAGGUUAUAAAGGCAGCCCAAGCCAGAGACAUCAUCAGUGAGGUGAGACAGGCAGUGAGACAGGGGGAGGUGAGACAUGUGCUGCCCUCACCCUCUCCCAUCCAUGAAGUCAACCCGCCGCUGGUGGAGGUCCUAGUUGAGGAGGUCAGAGGUCACCUCUCUGAGCCCACCAACCCGCAGGACAACUCCAGCCCCCCUCCUUCCAGCCCCCCUCCCUCUGACGAUCGAGACGACGAAGACUUCCAGAGCGCAACGUACUGCUCCCCCACACCGUCUUCUCCCAAGUACCCAGACUACCGCCACAUCGACAGCAACGUGGUCACCUCAAACACCGAAGGGUCAUCUUCUGCAGGGUCACUGGAUGUCAGACGUGGUUCGUCUCCAGAGAGGUCACCGUCCCUGCUGUUGGGCAUGGGAAGCCCCCAGCGGAACUUUAACCCCACGGAGUCUGGCACCACCUUGUACUUCAGCAAUGACCCAGUCUCCCCGUCCAGUGGCAGUUACCUGGGCUGGGGGUCUGAGCUGUCACCCAUCUCCACCUACCGGAGCCCCUACCGCAUCAGGGAGCCCCUCUUCACCUCCACCCCCAGACAGGAGCCUCGUGCUGGGCCAGAGGAACCAGGUCCUGGCCCCUCUACCACCGCCACCACCACCAUCACCACGCAUGCUAGAAAACAACUGGUCCAGUUUGUAGACCAUAGAGAUAAAUUGAUCUAAAGGGGGACAAUGGGUGUAGUGAGAUGAUCAGACCUGGUCAAAUACAUGUAAAAUACUCUCAAAUACUUAUUGAGGUGUGUUUGAUUUCGCUUGACCGGUGUGCAGCUGGUUGGGAGGAGUUUACACUUUUGGGACUAUUUCAUUGGUUCCAUUGUACCACUGUUCCAUUCCAUUCCAAGCUAAAUCAAGUGUGCCUAAAGUAUUUGAAAGUAUUUA